AUGACUGGAUACAAAUUUAUUCAAGAUAUUUAUAAGGCAAACUCCAGCACUAACAGUAAAAAAUUUCAAGAUUUUAAUGAACAAGAAUUUCGAGAAAAAAAGAAUCAAGUUUAUACGCAGCAACAACAAGGAUUAAUCGGUUCAUCUUCUAAUAAUUAUCUUAAUCCUAACGCCAAUAAUGAUAAAAUAGCCGAGAUCAAAUCUAAUAAAGUUUCAAGUAAUGUGAAAUUUGGGUUAGCGUUAAUCACCUUACAGGAAGAUCUUUUACAAAAAUCACCUUCGUUUAUCCGAAAAUUCGCUGAUACGACCAAUAAUAUCCUUGCAGAAAUUAACAGUCUUGAUAUACCAACUGAGAAUACAAUCACAGAACAUACGGUAGCAUGUAGUAGAGUAGCAAAUGUGAUCGAAAGAAGUCCAGCAUUCAGAUGUCAUGGCAAGAAAAUGGCAAUGGGGCUUCGUAAUUUUGGAGAAAGGAUAUUAAUAGCAAGUCGCACAUUACAAAAUAUGCAUAACAAGGGCUCAUCAGUAUAUCAAUCGUUUGAUGAAGAAAUUGAAUCGAUGAUGCAUCGAUUGAAUUCAAACUACAUCCGACAAGUCGACGAUAAUCAAUAUUUUAAAGAUAAAUUUGAUGAAUUACGAAAGAAAAUCAAAGAUUAUAGACAACUGGUUGAACAAGCCCAAAUGUCUGUCUUAAACGCGGAAGCUGUGCGACAUGAUACUGAAGGUUAUAUUUAUGGUGGGCUAAGGGAAGCGGAAAAGUAUAUUUGUGAUCGUAAUUCGGCGUAUUCAGUUGAUAUCGAUAAAGUCAAGCAAGAAUUCGUAAUGGUGGAAAAUAUUUUGCAACAUUUAUAUGUUACCGCCGUUAAUUUAGAUAAAAUGAGAAAAUUUUUGGAGGUCUAUGAGGAUAGAUUGUUGGACGUUUCUGCUGGUUUUAGUGAAAUCGAAUAUGAUAAAUUCAAAAUUACAAAGGAAGAUCUCAAAUACUUGAGACUUGGUGUGGAAAAAUCAAAAGCUUAUCAUUACAAAUACAGCAAAAGACAAAUUUCUACUUAA